AUGGAGAGAGCCAUGUUAAAUAUAAGCUUUAGAGACAAAAUUCCUAAUACCGAAAUACGUCGAAGAACUAAAGUAACCGACAUCAUGGGGAAAACAGCUACAUUGAGAUGGCAAUGGGUAGCACAUGUAGCAAGACAAGCCACCAACAGAUGUUCUCAUAAAUUGACAUUCUGGAGACCUCUAAAAACAAAAGGAAGCAUGAAUAGGGGAAAGAAAAUAUUACUAUUGGCAAAACAGUGCACUAAUCAAGAAGAUGAUAAAGAAAAUUUAACUUAUCUUUCAAAUAAUGAAAACAUACAACUAGAAUGUAAGUUUGCGGAUUCUUUUGUUGCUCCUAAUGUUAUAUUAGAAUCACAUGGAACUCCUAUAGAGAACAUCAGUGAAGUUGUUUAUUCCGCAAGUAAUGCUGAAAUUUCUCUAAAUAAUCUAGAACAAGAGGUACCCAGUAGUGUUACAGAAGAUAUAAAUCUUAUCACUCCUAAUACGUAUGUUGGUAAUGGUAUGAUUCAUGCAGGUGAAUCUCUGGGAGAAACUAAUAGAUUGCAGGUUUUACAUGGAAAUGAUGAUGGAGAUGUGAACACCAUGCGAAGUUCUAAAGGUGAUACUAAUGAUUUAGAUAUGAAUGAUCUAAGUUACGAUCCAACCUUAGAUUUAGCCAAUGAUACAGAAAAUGACAGUGAAGAAGGGACAGAAAAAAUUGAACAUAAAAAUGAUGGCCCAGUUUCUGGUAACGAUACAGAACAAGAAGAGAUUGAUUCUCAAAAUAGGAGAAAAACGACAAGGAAACGAAAAUCAAACCCUAAGUUAUGGAAAACAAACAUUGCAAAGGCAAAAAGACUAAAAGGAGAAGAAUAUGUUGGAUUUAAAGAAAACGUAAAAGCUGCUAAAGUGAUGGGUAUACCUUGCAAUUGCAGAAAAUUAUGCCAUACUAAACUUGAUGCAAAUGAACGAUUUCAAAUAUUUCAAACGUUUUGGAAAAAAACUUAUAGUUGGGAACAAAGACAUCAAUUUUUGGCACAAAGUGUUAAUAUUCGUCCAAAAGAUAGACAAAGAUCCAGAAAUGGCAGUCAGUUAGGUAGGAGAAACUUUACUUACAGCUAUGUUUUCAAUAUAAAUAACAAAAAUAUUGAAAUAUGUAAAGUUAUGUUUUUGAAUACAUUAUCAAUAUCUGAAAAGGUUGUCCGUGGAGCAGUAAUAAAGAAACUGCAAUCGCCAGGAGGUUUAAUUUCAAGUCCUGGUGAACCAAUAUCAGCACGAAAAUUAGAUGAAGAAAAGAAGCGCACUGUUAUGGAACAUAUUAAUCUAUUUCCAAGAGUAGAAAGUCAUUACAGUCGUAGCCAUUCUAAGAGACAAUAUUUGAGUCCUGAAUUAAACAUUGCUGUAAUGUACAAAUUAUACACUGAUUGGUGUAAUGAAGAACUCAUACCCAAAGAAAAAAUUGUAACAGCUAGUAUGUACAGAUUCAUAUUCUGCACUGAAUUUAAUCUGAGUUUUAAACUACCGAACUUGGAUACAUGUGAUAUGUGUGAUAAAAUUACAUGUAGUUUACAAAACGAAAAUGAUGAGAAUCUAAGAAAAACGAUCGAAAAUGCUAAAAAAAUACAUUUAGAUGAUGCAGAAACUCGCUAUGGUCUAAAGAGAGUAGAUAAAGAGAGAGCCAAGAAGGAAGGCUCAAACGAACGGGUUGUAAUGAUUGAUUUACAAAAAUGUUUACCGACCCCAUUAUUAACCAAUGCAAAAUCAUUCUAUCUUCGACAGCUAUGGACGUUUAAUUUUACUAUUCACGACAACACUGCUGGAGAAAAUCAUUGUAUGAUAUGGAAUGAGACAAUAUCUGAGAGAGGUGGGAAUCAAAUAGCAUCGUGUUUAUUUAAGUGGAUUCAAACUCUCCCAAAUAAUAUAAAAGAAAUUACUCUUUGGUCUGACAACUGCGCUGGGCAAAACAGAAAUACAAUGUUGUUUGCCAUGUAUUUGUACGUGGUUCAAAAAUUUCCUCAUCUUGUAAUAAACCACAAAUUUUUAUUGACAGGCCAUACACAUAUGGAAGUAGAUGCAGUUCAUGCUGUAAUUGAGAAGAAAAAGAAAAGACUGUCUACAAUGUCCAUUCAAACUCCUAGAGAAUGGGCACAGUUUAUACUUUGGGUUGUACCGAAAAAAUUAGAUGCAUCAGGAAAACAAAAAUGGCGAAUUGUUAUUGACUAUCGCAAGCUCAAUAAACUUACAAUACAAGACCGUUAUCCACUACCACAAAUAUUAGAACUAUUGGACCAACUAGAAAAAUUUCAAUAUUUCACAACCCUAGAUUUUUCAUCUGCAUUUCACAAGAUUAAAAUUGACACAAAAGACAUUCAGAAAACAGCCUUUUCCAUUGAAAAUGGACAUUACGAAUUUUGUCGGAUGUCAUUCGGAUUGAUGAAUGCUCCUUCUACUUUCCUAUUAUACUGGAACUGGCAAAAAUCAGGAGUUCAAGACAUCAUCGAAAUAACCACGACGCUUAAGUGGAACUGGGCAGGGCACUUAGCCAGAACACAGAAUGGACGUGUUAAGUAUCCACAAUCUAAAAGAUCUCUAGAAACAUUUCAUGCUACACUCUCAGAAAAUAUUCGAGCAACUCAAGCCGAAAACCUCAAAGAUAAUCCCUUCACCAUACUCCCGUAUGCAAGUUAG